GCAACCGUGCAGCUGAAGAACCCUGCAGCCUCACUUCAUACAGUGUUUGUAUAAAAAGUUGUUUUUACCUCGUAGAGAGAGGAGAGGAGUUGGUGUACUUGUGUGUAUGUUUGCAGCAGCAUGUCUGAAUAUCCGACAUUCCAGCAUGGCAAGUCUCGUUUCGACCAGAGCACAUUCUCUGGACGGUUCAGGCACUUCCUGGAUGUGAUCGACCCCAGCACGCUCUUCGUGUCAGAGAAACGAUUGCAGGAAUGUGUGAAGCUGCUCGACCAAUUCAAACAAGGAGCUCUGCCUCCAGGAGUCACAGAUGCUCAGCUUUGGCAAGCUCAAAAAAUCCAGCAGGCCAUCAUCCACCCUGACACGGGGGAGAAGAUCCUCAUGCCCUUUCGGAUGUCAGGUUUUAUCCCCUUUGGCACACCAGUGGUUAUCGGUCUUCUUCUACCCAAUCAAACAUUGGUGUCAACGGUCUUUUGGCAGUGGUUAAACCAGAGUCACAACGCCUGUGUUAACUACUCCAACCGCAACGCCUCAAAGCCAGCUCCAGUUUCCAAAUUUUUCCAGGGAUACCUCGGAGCGGUGACCAGCGCUGUCUCCAUCGCUGUUGGGUUGAACGUGUUAGUCCAGAAAGCCAGCCGCUUCAGCCCAACGACCCGGCUGGUAGUGCAGAGGUUCAUCCCCUUCCCCGCAGUGG